UUUUUGACUUAGAUUUUAUUUUGACUUAGUGUCUCAUAAUUUAUUUGAAUUCAUGAGUCAUAAGUUGGAUUUAGUGUCUCACAAUUUUGAGAUAUAUAUAUAUAUAUAUAUAUAUAUAUAUUUAUUAUAUAGCAUAUUUUUUUGUUUGUUUUAAUUUAGCAAGUCAUAGUCUAAAUUUGAUAGUAUUUCAGAUUUUAUUUUAUAAUUUUUUUAGUCAGGAAGUCAAUAUUAUGGAAUAAUAUUUUUUUUAUUAUUUUUUUAAUAUUUUUUUUUUAUUUAGUAUUUAAUAAAUGUGAUUUGGUAGCCUAUCAGUAGUUUGAAGUAGCUAAAAACUUUUGAAUUAGUGAUAACUUUGACUUCAUGUCUCAUAAUUUACCUUACCCAGCAGGUCAUGAAUUAGAUUUAGCAGUCCAUAUAUUAUUUUUAUUUGACUUAGAAUAAAUUUUGACUUAGUGUCUCAUAAUUCACUUCACUCAGUGAGUCAUGAGUUUGCUUUAGCUAUUUAUAUUUUAUUUAUUUAUUUAUUAAGACUUUUGACAUAAUUUUGCAUUCAUUGUAUUGUUUUUGGUUUUUUUUUUGACUUGGUGAACCAUUUUAACCGGCAUGACCAUUGAAAUAAAAAAAAUAUUUCUAUGAUUAGAACUCUGUUUUAGUGCGUCAUCAUUAGUAUUGUAAAGUGAAUAUUGAUUUAACACUAGCAUUUUAUUUUUUUAUUUUAUUAUUAUUAUUAUUUAUUUAUUUAUUUAUUUAUUUAUUUUUUUAAAUAAUUUCAGUUUCGUAUGUUUGACUGGGUAGGUCAUAGUUUGUCCCAAAAUUAAUAUUUUCAUUUUCAUCCUGCGUCACAACCUGUCAUCCUUCACUGCUCCAUAUCAUUCCUGAACAGCAGUUAGUCGACUUUAUUUAAGACGUUAGACCGGAAGUUUCUUCCCUCACUGUGAGUGACGUUAACUUGACGGCGCCGUCGGAGCGGGACUGUGGAUAACACAGCUGACAGUUGGGAGAACUGGGUUAGGUUAGUUAUCUGAUCACUUUCGCUUUGGAGUUUGGAGUUCAGUUAUCGAUCGGCCUAUAUCCACAGCUCGACUCUCCGGGAGGGCCGAUUCUUUAUGAAUCCAUCAAAAACACUGAGCCGUGACCAUGCUGAAAAUACCCACAGCGACACUUUGCCUUUGUUUGUUGACUGUGUUGGACACAACUGUGUUCUUGGGAACUUGCUCGCAGGCCAACGACAAAGAUGAAGAUGCUUUCACCAUCCAGCACUCGAGCACAGGGCAGUGCCUGGGCACAGGGGCUUCAACAGACUUGACUCUUGCCUCCUGUGACCCAAAAAGCAACUCCCAGCUGUGGAAGUGGGGUUCAGGUCACCGUCUCUUCCACGUGCACACGACCCUCUGCUUGGCGUUGGACGUCCGCACCAAGGCAUUAUCCCUGGUCGACUGUGGCGCCAACAUCCUGCUGUGGUGGCGUUGCCUGGAUGGAGCUGUGUACACUGUUUAUGAAAUGGGCUUGACGGUCAGCGAUGGCAAAGUCACCACCAAACGGGACACUAAUGAUACUUGGGUGAGAGGAGGAUCCCAGGACAGCAUCUGCCAGAAGCUGUACCGCAUUGUCCACACCACCGGUGGGAACUCUGCUGGCUCUCCCUGUGUGUUUCCCUUCAAAUACAAUGGCAGCUGGCAUCACGGGUGUCUCCCAGAUGCAGAUUUCCCUGGACUGUCCUGGUGUGCUACAUCAGCGGACUAUUACCAAGACCAAAAGAGGGGACACUGUCUAACACCUGAGGAGGGUUGCCAGACUCUGUUUGCCGGGCCGGAAGAGGAAUCCUGCUAUGAGUUUGUAUCCAGUGCCGCGGUGACCUGGCAUGAAGCUCUGGAUUCAUGUCGUAGUCAGGGAGCUGAUCUGCUGAGUGUGUUGAGGCCUGAAGAUCUCCACUCCAAAACCUUACUGGAGGGCCUUGAGGAUAUGCCUGAGAGGAUGUGGAUUGGCCUUCACCAGUUAGACACCUCUCACGGCUGGCAGUGGUCAGACGGUUCCCCUCUCUCUGUCCUGCGCUGGGAAACAGGAAUGCCAUCCACCUCGCUGAUUUUUGAGUCAGACUGUGGAGUACUUAACUCCAAACAGAACUACGAAUCUGAGUCGUGCAACAAACGGCUGCCAUACGUCUGCAAGAAGAGCAUCAACACCUCUCAACCAGCUACAACAGAGCCUUUUGUAUAUAAAGAAACACAGUGUGGAGACGGUUGGGUCCCCUGGAAUGGUUGGUGUUACAAGUUAGUCAAGGACAAAUCUGGAAACUUUACAGAUGCCCAGAUACACUGUAACAGCACAGAGGGAGCAGGGGAAGGCUAUCUGGCCAGCCUCCACUCUGUUGACGCUAAAGAGAUGAUCAGCACCAACUUCCAUGCAGAUGGCCAGUUGUUGGAUGUGUGGAUCGGUCUGAUCGGUACUGGCGUGAACCCCACUGUCUUCAAGUGGAUUGAUGAGGCGCCUGUCACCUUCACCUACUGGGACCAAAACCAACCAGUCCAGCCCAUUUUGGAUACCAGCUGUGUCUUCUACUCUGGAGAGUCUCAUGGUUGGAAGAUUGGGAACUGCACACAGAGGCUACCCUUUAUGUGUCAGAAGAAAGGAAAGGUCAACGAAUCAGCGACACAGCCCGGAUGUCGCUUUGAAGAUGGCUGGAGGAGGCAUGGCAACUCGUGUUAUCAAGUGAACACCAAACAAGUAUCCUUCAAAGAUCGCUGCAACAUCACUAUUAGAAACAGGUUUGAGCAGGCCUUUAUCAGCCGUCUACUUGGAGAGCAGAUCGGCAAGGACACUCAGUACUUUUGGAUCGGGCUGCAGGACAUUAAGAACACAGCGGAGUACCAGUGGAUGAGCGAGGAUGGGUCCGCGGGUGUGGUUACUUACACCAACUGGGGUUGGUUUGAACCAGCCAGGGUUGGAGGCUGUGUAGCGAUUUCCACUGCAAAACCCUUGGGCAAGUGGGAGGUGAAGAACUGUACCAUUUUUAAGGCUGGCACCAUUUGUAGAAAAGACCUCGGCCCACCCCCGCCCCCUGAACCAGAGCCAAACCCCAACGCAACCUGUCCUGAUGGAUGGGUGUCCAGACCAGACAUCAAAAACUGCUACAAGGUGUUUCAUGAGGAAAGGCUGAGCAGGAAGCGCUCCUGGGAGGAAGCUGAGAGGUUCUGUCAGGCUCUGGGAGCUCACCUGGCCAGCUUCACAAGCAACAGAGAGAUGAGGGCCCUGCACAGCAUCGUAAGAGACAGCAUCAGUGACAAUCGGUACUUCUGGGUCGGCCUGAACAGGAGAAACCCAGCCGAUCGCUCCUGGCAGUGGAGUGACAGUCAGCCUGUAUCUAUGGAAGUUUUACACUUAGAUUUCCAUGAGGACGAUGCCUACAGUCGGGACUGCACUGCAUUCAAGACGACCAGAAGCACCUUGAAACACCUGUUUGUGUUUCUGCUGCACGACUUACCUCCCACGCCUUUCUAUGCCACACCGUUUCACUGUGACGCCAGGCUAGAGUGGGUCUGCCAAAUACCCCGCGGAAAGGAACCCAAGAACCCAGAGUGGUACAAUCCUGGUGGACACCAUGAGACGUCUAUCUUCAUUGAUGGAGCAGAGUUUUGGUUUGUCACGGAGCCAAAGCUGACUUUUGAGGAGGCAAAGCUCUUUUGCAGUAUGAAUGACAGCAGACUGGCUGCACCACUCACCAUAACUGCUGCCGGACAGAUCCACCAGCAACUCAAAGAUAUAUCGAGUUCUCCCAAGCAAAACUGGUGGGUGGAUUUGAGCGAGCCUGGCCGGGUAUUUCCCCUGACGUACACCCAGAUGUUCUUCUAUCAUUCGGUUUUCCUGGGCAGAUGCACCUCCGUCAGUCCUGAAAACUUCUUUCCAGAGUAUGAGCGCAGUUGCCAGCAGCGAUUGCCCUUUGUGUGUGAGAAACACAACGUCACGUCGGUGGAGAGGAACCCUCUGGAGCCUCAACCUGAAGGACUGCCCUGUGGAAAUGGAUCUCUGUCCUUCAGAAAUAAGUGCUACACACUGAUGACAAGCUUGAAGCCUGUGUCCUUCAAGUAUGCUGGUGACGAAUGCCAGUCGGUGAGGGGAACCCUGGUCACUAUAUCCGAUCAGGUGGAGCAAGACUUCGUCACCACCCUUUUGCCGGGCAUGAGAAACAUGGAGAGGAUAUGGAUUGGUCUGAAAAUCAAACGUGACGACCCUCAGUGGGCGGACCAGACCCCGGUUAACUACCUCAAUUUCAACCCCCUGCUUCUGGGCAUGCACAGGGCCAUAAAAGUCAACACAUGGGAUCUGGAGAGCAUGGAAUUGUGUGUAUUUUUGCUCAAUAACCCCAACUCUGACAUGCUGGGUACCUGGGACUAUUCUUCCUGUACGCAAUUUCAAAAUGUGGCCAUUUGCCAGCACUACGCAGAUAAACUGGAGGAGCCACACAUCCCAACAGAGCCCUUCAACGUCAAUAACCACACCAUCCUGCUGCUUAAGAAAAAUCUCACCUGGUUUGAGGCCUUAGAGCAGUGUGGAAGUAACAACAUGGACCUGGCAAGUGUCGCGGAUACCUUCCUGCAGUCCACCCUCACUGUGCACGUGAGCCGUGCACGCACGCCCAUGUGGAUCGGCCUCUUUAGCGAAGACGAUGGGAUCCACUACCGCUGGACUGACCACAGUCACACUGUGUUCAGUCGCUGGUCCUCUGAUGUCACCAGUGGCCGCUGUGUCUACCUGGACACCGAUGGUUUCUGGAAAGCCACCGAGUGUGAGGAGGAGCUAGGGGGCGCUAUCUGCCACAAGCCACACAACGAGAUCAUCACCACACCAGAGGAUGUUGCAGUGAAGUGCCCCCACAAGAUAAAUGGUCCAAACUGGAUCCCCUUCAAGAACAACUGCUACUCCUUCCAGCUGGUCGCCACCAGAUGGGAACAGUUUGACCAAGGGCAGAUUCAAGAUACCUGCAGAAAAUUUCAUGCAGGUGCAGACAUCCUAACCAUCCGAAAUAAAGAGGAGAACGAGUUUAUAAAGCAGCAGCUCAUACCGUUUCAGACCUUGGCCCAGUUUGUCUGGCUGGGGCUGUACAAAGAUAACAACGAUAACCAGAUGAAGUGGUAUGAUGGCACAAAUGUCCAAUAUUCCAACUGGGCAAAAGGCAGACCAGAAGUAGACAGACCAUUCUUGGCCGGUCUCACCGUUGACGGCAACUGGAUUCUCAUCUCAAGGCCGAGCUUAUUCGCAGAGUUCAAACAAAGGACCAUUGUGACCUGCAAACUGGACAACGAAUUGAAACAUGAGUACAACAAGUCAUCCUUGGAUUUUCAACAGUACGGCAACUUAACUUACGAGGUUGUUACCCAAAAGCUAAAUUGGCAGCAGGCUUUGAAAGAGUGCGGUCAGCGUGGCGGCCACCUGGCAAGCAUCCACGAUAUCGAGCACGACGCACACGUGAAGCUCAUCGCCAAGACGGAUGGCUUCUCGCUGUGGAUUGGCCUGUCGAACCAAGAUGUCGGUGGCUCAGCCUUUGAGUGGUCUGAUGGAACAAAGUUUGACUACUAAGCCACCAUCUCAGACUCACAGGAGGGCUCCAGCUCAGACAAACAAGAGGCCAGCUGUGUGACUAUAACCCCUGAUGGAGCCUGGGCGAGGACCAGCUGUAAUACGCUGGUAAACGGAGCCCUCUGCUACACCACCAGCAUCACAACCGCCUCCCAGAGAGCCAGACCGCAGGUUGCCCCAGUGGCCAAUCGCUGCCCUCAGAGCGGCAGUGGGUCCAUGUGGGUGCAGCACAAGGAUCACUGUUACGCCUUUGACAUGAGCUUCUACAACUACAGCGUGUACAGCAUGGAGCAGGCCAGGAGCAUCUGUCAGAGCAUGGAUUCUCAAGUACUGACCUUAAAAACCAAAGAGGAGAACGACUUUGUGUCAAAGUACAUGUUUGAUGACCCUCUCAUCACCAGUCGAGUGUGGCUCGACGUGGAGCUUGAUAAGCAAG